GAUAAGACUUAUAUGUCGCAUAACAUGAGGAAACACGUUGUCGCCAUGGCCUGGUUAAAUGAUGCCUUUGGAGACAUUCAGAAACAGUGUGCCGUUUUUAAUUGUUUAUUACUGAUUUUUGUUGUUUAUAUUUACUUCUUUAGACUUGUCAUUGAAACUUUGUCGAAAUUAGAACCAGAACGGAAGUGUUUCCGACUGAUCGGGGAGAUACUCGUAGAACGGAAGGUUAAGAACGUGUUACCGGCAUUGCAAAAGAAUCUUGAAAAUUCAAUCGAAACUUCGCGAGAACUGCUAGUCACUAAAGGAAAGGAAAUUACUGGUUUCCGUGAGAAGUACAACAUUUGUAUUCAAGGGGAAGACUUGUCGAGAAUCUUCAACUCAGGCAUCGCUUUGGAAUCUCCGUCUACAUCCUCAGCGAAAGAACUGAAAACAUAG